AUGGCUAGUGGACUCGGUCAACGGCCACUCUCUGAAGUGAGCCCUAUGGCACAGCGACGCAACUCGCCCAAGUGGAAUCAGACCACGAAGAUGCCGCACGGCGAGUCACCUGCCUUCGAUGUGUCUCCUCUGAAUAAAACUGCCUCCCCACGUCUCUUCUGGAAAGGUCGCGAAUCACCCUCUCCCUUCGCCAAGGGCGCCGAAAACCUCGCCCCAUAUGAUCCAGAAGGUGUCCACCUACCAGCCAAGCGUCCAUCCCUUGAGGACCUUAAGCGCGCUUCACGUGUCAAGAAUUAUAGCAUGUUCCAGAGCGGCCAAGAGUACGACCCGGCGCAAGUAUCGCUUCCUCACAGACCCCUCGCCAACGAUCGAUCCGCGCACCGAGACAGUCAAAUGAAUCUCGCAAAGUCUCAGCUUCCUGACGAGUGUAACAUGGAACCCACCCCAAGACCCGUCUCUCCCAGCAAAGACCAACCGUCCCCGGGCAAAUCGUCUUUAUCCAAGGGCAGUCGAUAUGGAAAGGGGUUUGACCCUCAGAAUGAUAUCUGGUCAGAGUAUGACAGCGCUGGCCACAGGCACGCCAAGAGUGUGACAUUUGAUGUUGCGCCCCCACAAGUCAACGAAUAUGAAAUGCGCACCCCUGACCUUGCGUCUGUUGCCUCUGGCUCGCGUGAGAACAGUUAUGAUUCUGAAGAGGAGGGAGAUAUCAGCUUCGACCAUGAUACAUCAUUCGAGCGUGAUGACAGCUUCGAUGCAUCCCUUGAAGAUAUUGAAAAGACGCCCGUUGUUCUACCCGAUGACUGGCGAUUCAUGACUCCCGACAGUGAGAAUGGUGAUGAAGGAGAGUCCUUCGCUGAGUCAGUUGAGGAUCACGUCGCCGAUGAGCGCCCUGUAUCGCGUGAAGGUGGAGCCUCGAGUCACACACGUGUUGAGUCCCUCGACUCUAACGGAGAGCGACGUCCGCUGCCUCCGUUGCCUUCUUUGUCACGCUUGUCUCUCUCCGGGCCAUCUUCGCCCGGAAAGCUUGCUGCCGCUUUUGAGCUGGGCAGUGCUGGUCACCGCUCUCUUCCUGCUGCGCCUGCCGCCGCCUCAUUCAAUAAGGCCGAUAUCAACGGUGCCAUGUCCCUGGAGGACCGGCUCCGACUCAUGAUGUUGCAGGAGGAGAAGUCGGAUGAUGAGGCCAAUGACGAAGACGCUGUCGACGAAGAGCCUAGCAAGGCCUCCAAUCAUGUUGGUGACACCGACAUGGACAAUGAGAUUGAAGAGAAUGAGCUACCCAAGGAUGACCUGUUUUCUCCCCCUCGUAUCUCUCGUGACUCGAUCCUCAGAGACAUCCGGAAGGGUGAGACCUACGAUGAUGACGACGUCUUCGGGGAUGACUCUCAACUUGCCUCGAGUCCCAAUCCAUACGAACAUUACGACCCCGAUGUCCCUAUUCCAUCUUUGGAAGACGAAGAUGACGAUGACUCUUCCAGCGUGAUCAUCAAGGAAGAGGCCCGCGAUGAUUCACUUUACGCGAUCACAGACUAUUACCAGCAUCUGUCUGAUAAUAGCCUGUCAUCCAGGGACCAGCGAGCGACAUACGAUGAUGACAGCAACUACUCACUGCGCUCCGCCGCUGAAGCUGCUGCCAACAAUGCCGCCAGCAAAGGAUCCGGCGAGACCACCCCCACGGCCGAAGGGCCCAUGGACGCUUCGUCACAUGAGCUGAUCAAGGAAGAAGAGGUUCCUGAGUCUGUGGACAGCCACCCGCUUGACAUGGCCUCGAUCCGUCAAUCUCUCGGUCGUCCUGUGACCCCCGAGAUUAAGGAGGAACCAAUCUCUGAGCCGUCCACCCCCGACUCUGUUAUUCGCCAUCCCGUUGAGGAUGAAGAAGAGCAUGAUCAGGGCGAAUACGAAGAGGAUAAUGUCAGCUCCUCGGACGAAUCUAUUCCUGAACCUGUCGCGACUAUUCGCGCCCCUGGGGCUGGCCUUAAGACUCGGCCUUCGCUAACCCCGGCGGAUAUGGAGUCGAUGGCUGCUACUCGUCGCAAGAUCAGUGGUCAAUACCCGCCUCCCAUGCCAGCACUGACCAAGCAGAUCUCAAAUGAAUCUGAGAAAUCCGAUCACGAGGACAAACCAACCGACCUCCCACCGCAGCUAUCCCUGCCCACCAACCUCACCCAACGACAAGCCAGCCUGAUGAAACUCGAUAUUCCAUUCAGCAUCCAGGAGGAAAGCCUUGGCUCCGGCCUGAGCAAGGAGUUUGAUCGUGUCAUUGAGUCCCAAAAGGUGGCGUUCGAACUCGCUCUUUCCCAACUUUCCUCUUGCCCUCCGCCGGCUCCCCAGGGUCAACCCAAGCCGGCCCCCAAACCCCCAGGACAAGCCAUCUCGGAAAAUGCCACAAAAGCAGUCACUAACAAUUUUAAUCACGCACAGAGAGGGUACCUCAUGAGACAAAAUACCAAGGUUGUCAUUGCUAGCAACCGAAAUGAAGAGGAGCCUACCGUCGCCGCCGACCAGACCACCGAGGAUCCUCACGGCACUCGUUCAGCAGGUUCCUCCCCCCGCAAAGCGAGCCAGCAGACCUGGACGACGGUUCCCUGGAAUGGUCAGGCUCGUCGCCCUAGUGUGAAGAUGACAGGCGCCGUUCCGAAAAAGAAGCCCGUUCCCGGUUCAGUUCCUCCACUUCCGGGCCACCAGAGCAACGUUCAGGAGCCUCCUGCGACCAUCGAUGAGAACGAGCCUCUGACUGCCGACGCAUAUGAGGAGGGAGAAGAACGCGGUCGCCUGUUUGUCAAGGUUGUGGGCAUGAAGUAUCUUGAUCUGCCUAUGCCCCGUGGCGAACGAUCAUACUUUGCGCUCACCCUAGACAACGGCCUUCAUUGUGUCACUACAUCGUGGCUGGAACUGGGCAAGUCUGCUCCUAUCGGACAGGAGUUCGAACUCAUUGUGCAGAAUGACCUCGAGUUCCAACUCACCCUGCAAAUGAAGGUCGAUGAGAACAAGUUCUACCCUCAGGACAUUCCUGGCUCACCCCGCCAGAAGACGUCGGCCCUCAGUCGUGUCUUUGCUUCGCCUCGUCGCCGCAAGGAACUCGACAUGAAGCAGCAAAUGCAGUCACAGCAGCAGAAAGCCAACAAUGUCAAUGCUCCGGUCUAUGAAAGACUGCGAAACCUCGUUGCCCGCGACGGUAGCUUCGGACGAGCCUAUGUCGCCUUGAGUGACCACGAAAAGAUGGCCUUUGGUCGCCCUUAUACUGUAGACGUUGCUUGCUUCAACGAGUGGGCAGUCGAUGAGCAACCCAGCAGUGUGAAGAGCAAGAAGAGCGCCACCAGCGUGACCGCCCAGCGUCGGCCACCGUACAAGAUCGGCAAGCUGGAGUUGCAAUUGCUGUUCGUUCCUAAACCGAAGGGCAGCAAGGAUGAGGACAUGCCGAAGAGCAUGAAUGCCUGUAUUCGCGAAAUGCGCGAUGCCGAGAGUCUUGCCGCUCGUUCCUGGGAAGGCUUCCUUUCACAGCAGGGUGGAGACUGUCCCUACUGGCGCCGUCGUUUCUUCAAGCUCCAGGGCUCGAAGCUGACUGCAUACCACGAGACUACUCGCCAGCCUCGUGCUACCAUCAACCUGGCCAAGGCCUCCAAACUGAUCGAUGACCGUCCCUCUCUGACGCAAAAGGAGACCAGCACUAAGGGUGGUGGUCGCCGCAAGUCUGCCUUCGCCGAGGAGGAGGAGGGCUACAUGUUCGUCGAGGAAGGAUUCCGUAUCCGGUUCGGCAAUGGUGAAGUGAUCGACUUCUAUGCGGAUUCAGCCGCAGAGAAGGAUGGCUGGUUGAGAGUCAUGUCAGAGGCCGUCGGCAAGGGAUCCUCAACUGGUAGUGGUGCGAUCAAGCCUUGGGCCGAUCUCGUUCUCAAGCGUGAGAGCAGCAUGAAAGCUCGACGUAAGACUGCGGACCGCCUUCCUCCAAGCGGUAUUCCCGUCGCUCCGGCCUCACCUGUCGGAAAGCGCCCCAGUGGAGUUGGAGCACCGCCGUCUUCUGCAGGCAAUGGGGCGCAGGCGUCCCAGUCCCCCCGGCCCCGACACAAGCACACCUUCUCUCAACCCGAGCUGCCGAGUGCCGAAGCUCGUCGCCAGAAGACCCGCUCCCUCUUGUUCUAA